GGGGCGGGCCGGAGGAGGAGCGCCUAGCGCGCGGCAUUCUGGGGCCGGAAGUGGGGCGCACGCUGCAGGCUGGCCGUCAUGGCGGUGGCGCGGAACCGCAAGCGGCACCUGGCCGAGUUGACGGUGGACGAGUUUCUGGCCUCGGGCUUUGACUCUGAGUCCGAAUCCGAGCCCGAAGGAGCCCCCGAAGCCGAGACGCAAGCGGCGCGCAGAGCCGCGCGGAGCCCGAACGGGCCAGGCGGGAGCCCCUCGGCCAGCCGGUGUAAAGGCCGUGCCUCUGAGCACAAGGACCAGCUUUCUCGGCUGAAGGACAGAGACCCCGAGUUCUAUAAGUUCCUGCAGGAGAACGACCAGAGCCUGCUGAACUUCAGCGAUUCCGACAGCUCUGAGGACGAAGGGGAGCAGCUGCACUCCCUGCCAGAAACUCUGGAGGACGCAAGUGAGGAAGGAGAUGAGGAUGAGGACGGGGUCUCCAGAGGACUGAAGGGGAAGAAGAGGGAUUCCAUCCCUGUGACCCUUGCCAUGGUUGAGAGAUGGAAGCAGGUGGCCAAGCAGCACCUUACCCCGAGGCUGUUCCACGAGGUAGUGCAGGCAUUCCGAGCAGCCGUGGCCACCGCCCAAGGGGACCAGGAAGGUGCUGAGGCCAGCAAGUUCCAGGUCACAGACAGUGCUGUGUUCAAUGCUCUGGUCUCCUUCUGCGUCAGAGACCUUUUCGGCUGCCUCCAGAAGCUGCUAUUUGGAAAAGCCUUGAAGGAUAGCAGGGUACAGCAGCCGUCCAGCAGCCCGCUGUGGGGGAAGCUCCGGCUGGAUAUGAAGGCUUACCUGAGCUCCGUCAUACAGCUGGUGGCCUGUGUGACAGAGACGACAGUUGCGGCAGCCCUCCUCCAGCACGUGGGCAACUCUGUGCCCUACUUCCUGACCUUCCCUAGGCAGUGCCGCAUGCUGCUCAAGAGGAUGGUGGCCUUGUGGAGCACGGGCGAGGAGACACUGCGGGUGUUGGCCUUUCUGGUCCUCACCAGAGUUUGCCGGCAAAAGAAGGACGCCUUCCUGAGCCCUGUCCUCAAGCAAAUGUACAUCACGUACGUGAAGAACUGCAAGUUCACGUCUCCUAGCGCCCUGCCCCUCAUCAGCUUCAUGCAGCGGACCCUGACCGAGCUGCUGGUCCUGGACACGGGGGUCACUUACCAGCACGCCUUCCUGUACAUCCGACAGCUCGCUGUGCAUCUGCGAAACGCCAUGACCACCCGCAGGAAGGAGACGUACCAGUCUGUGUACAACUGGCAGUUUGUGCACUGCCUCCGCCUGUGGAGCCAUGUUCUUGGCAGCGUGUACCCCAGCGAAGCCCUCCAGCCCUUGAUCUACCCCCUCUCCCAGGUUGUCAUCGGCUGCAUCAAGUUGGUCCCCACCGCACGCUACUACCCACUGCGCAUGCACUGUGUGCGCGCCCUGACACAGCUCUCGGAGCGCACUGGUGUCUUCAUCCCAGUGCUGCCCUUCAUCCUGGAGGUUUUCCAGCAGGUUGACUUCAAUAGGAGGCCCGGACGCAUGAGCUCCAAGCCCAUCAACUUCGCUGUGGUCCUGAAGUUGUCCAAGGUCAACCUGCAGGAGAAGGCCUACCGGGACGGCCUGCUGGAGCAGCUGUACGACCUCACCCUUGAGUACCUGCACAGCCAGGCACAUAGCAUUGCGUUCCCGGAACUGGCACUGCCUGCUGUCCUGCAGCUGAAAUCCUUCCUCCGGGAGUGCAAGGUGGCCAACUACUGCCGGCAGGUGCGCCAGCUGCUGGAGAAAGUGCAGGAGAACGCAGACCACAUCUGCAGCCGGCGCCAGAGGGCCUCCUUCAGCGUGUCCAGCCAGCAGGCAGUGGAUGCCUGGGAGAAGCAGACACGAGAAGAGGGGACUCCGCUCACCAAGUACUACAGCCAGUGGCGUAAACUCCGGGACCGAGAGAUCCAGCUGGAGAUCAGCGGCAAAGAGCGGCUAGAAGAUCUGGACUUCCCAGAGAUCAAGCGGCGGAAGCUGGGGGACAGGAAGGAUGAGGACAGGGUGGAGUUCAAGGACCUCUUUGACCUGGACAGUGAUGAGGACAGUACCAUGGACUUCUCAGAGAGAGGUACACCUAGGUCCUCUGGAGCUCAGCAGAGGGCUGGAGACGAGGAAGAGGACGGCAGCAGUAGCGGCGGCGAAGAAUUCAGUGGCUCAGAGGAAGGAGGCCCAGACGUGGAGGCGGGGCUGGCCCCCCUGGAGCUGUGGCUGCUGGCCCAGGGGCCUGAGGAUGAGCUGCAGGAUCUACAGCUCUCGGAGGAGGACUGAGGGGCCCGCGUGGCUUGCGGGGGCUGACUGCAGUGUUCCCGUCUUGCCGGCAGUCGACCAUGGGCCUGCAACUUCCUGGCCUGGCCGGCACUGAGCCCAGUGGCCCUGAGGUCAGCACUCAUGCAGGGGGUGGACAGUAGAUGGUGAGCAGGGUUUUAUUUUUACAACAAAAUGAUCAAAGUACCAGGUGCUGUGCUGAUCCCUGAAGUGGUGGCCUUGGGGUUGAAAUGCACAUGGAGCCUGCCCACGACUGCUCCCAGGGUGGCGGGUCCUGAGAGGGUCCCUGACCUCUUGCCUGAUGUCAGGAUGCUGAAAAUCUCCCAGCAGCCCCAGUCCCAGAGGAGCCAGGGGCACAGCCAGGCCCCGCAUGGCCUCUUGUCUUUGGUCUGCCUGUAGCUGCCCAGGGUACAGAGCCCCCCAGCUGUCUGUGCCGGGUUCUACAGCCACCCCAUCUUUGGAAACACGUUCCUUUCCUCUUAA